AUGCUUCAUCAAGAAGACGGCCCCGCGGCCGCCUCCAGCGACGACUCGAGCUCGUCGAGCGACGACGACGACAAUGUCGCCUCGUCAGACGACGUCCUUCCUCUCACCCUCGACCCCCUCUCACCCUCCGCCCCUCUCACCCUCCGCCCCUCUCACCCCCUCUCUCACCGCUCUCAUCCUCCCUCCCUCUGUCUUCGCCUGUCCCCUCCUGUGAGUGCAGAGGAAGAUCAGGAGGUGCAGGGGGGUGGUGGGGACAGCGAGGAGGGAGAGAGUGAGAGAGGUGAAAGUGAGAGUGACUCAGAGGAGUCGGAGGAGGAGGGGGGAGGAGCAGUUGGGGUGUCUUCUCAGUGGGAGGAGCUUGUUUCUGAGGAGGAGAGGGAGAGAGAGGAGGAGAAACGGAGGAAGAAGAGGAGGAAGAAGGGGCGGAAGAGUGGGAGCAGUGACAGUGAUAGCAGCACAAGUGACGACAGCAGUGACGGAGGGGAGGAGGGAGAAGAGGAUGGGGAGGAAGAUGAGGAAGAGGAGGGAGAGGAGGGAGAGGAGCGGGGGGAGGAGGAGGGUGGCAAAGCAGGGAAGCGAAAGAGGAAAGGCCAGCGGGAGGGGGAGGCAUUUAAAGACAUGGAUUUUGGGGAGGGGGGAGAGAUGGUGGUGAGAGUGGUGGGGCAGGGAGGAGGGGGUGUGCUGCGGUGCAGAGUGUGCCCUCGAGUGCUCUGUGUGAACAGUGACAACAUGAAGAAACACCUGGCGUCCAAGAAACACGUGGCAGCUGUGGGGAGGCAUGAGAGGGGCGAGCUACAGGUGGUGGUGAACAGCGAUGGGGAGGUGGAGGCCAUCGGGGAGACCCACGCUGAACGUUUCGAACGCACCAAAGCUGCCGCCGCCGCCGCUGCUGCCGAUGCUGCUGCUGCUGCAGCUGCGGCGGCGGCGGCAGAAUCUGCUGCUGCUACACCUGCUGCUGCUGGUGCUGGUGCAGGGGGGAGCAAAAAGCAGAAGGGGGAUGGUGGAAGGCAGAGGCAGCAGCGCCGGAAGCAGCUGCAGCAGCAGAAGAAGAAGAAACUGAGUGCUGCAGGUGCUGCUGGUGGUGACUCACCUGCUGCUGCUGCUGCUAAUGCUGCUGCUGCUGCUCCUGCUGGUCGUGGUGGUGGUGUGGCUGGGGCGCCUAGGGUGCCCGGGAUCCCUGGGGAAGCAGCUAGGUCAGGAAAGGUCAAGAAGGGUGGAGCUGCAAAGGUGAAUGGUGGUAACGCAAGCGCGAGUGGCACUGCUCCACGAUCGUGUGAAGGUGCUGCUGCUGAUGGGAGUGGUGUUGGUGGUGCUGGCGACAAGCGUAAAAAAGGGAGGAAGGUGAAGGAUUCAGUGAAGGGGUUGGGGCAGGGAGAAGGGUCUGCAGCACUGCGAGCAACAUUGACUGGGAAGAGAAGUGCUGAAAUGGGUGCUGGCAAGGAGGGAGAAAAAGGCAUGGAAGGAGCGACGCGAAUUGCUGUCAGGCCUGACUACGCAGCAGAGACGGCCACGCACAAGGCCAUAGAAGUUUCUUCCAAAGCCCUUCGUGCUGCUCAGGCGACUGGGGAAGCCCCACCAACGCUCGUGAUUGCUGCCGACACUGUGGUGGAGAUUGAUGGUGAGCUUUUAGAGAAGCCGGUUUCUAAGGAGGAUGCAAUCCGCAUGCUUUUGCUCCUAUCAGGCCGCAAGCAUCGGGUUUUCACGGGAGUGGCUCUUGUGCUGCCAGCUGUCACCGACCCUCUGAUUGGCCGAUCGCCUCUUCUCCGCUCUUUUCACGAGUGCACUCAGGUUGAGUUUGCAUCAUUGUCGCAAGCGGAGGUCGAGGCUUAUGUGGCAACAGGCGAGCCCAUGGACAAGGCGGGGGGGUACGGCAUUCAGGGGCUGGGGGGGUGUCUGGUGAAGGCGAUCAACGGGUGCUACUUCAACGUCAUGGGACUCCCUCUUAACAGUGCUGGGGUGCUGGGGGGUGCUGGGGGGUGCUGGGGUGCUGGGGGUGCUGGGGUGCUGGGGGGUGCUGGGGUCUGCUGGUGA